CAACUUCCGCUAAGCCGCGAAACAGUGACAUGCUCAUCAGUCGCAAAGCAAUAACAUGUAAAUAAAAAGAGAAAUAGAACAUCUUUUUUAUUGCAUUGGUAAACGCAUGGUGAGAGGAUGAGCUCCGCAAGCAAGGUUGGGGAGAUCUUCAUAGCUGCUGGGGCAGCUUUUAACAGGCUUGGUGAGCUGACCAUGCAAUUGCAUCCUGCAGCAGAACCUACUCCAAGCAGUGGCAAAUGGACAGAUGCAGAGAUUGAAAUGCUGAGGAAAACAGUGAAAAGAUUUGGUGAAGACCUGGACAAAAUCAGCGAUGUCAUUAAGUCAAGAACAGUUUCUCAAAUAAAAGCUCAGCUUCGUAAGAAAGCUUAUGAAGAUGCUGGACUGCCAGUCCCUGCAGAAGAGAAAUCUCCAAAGAAAACUACACAGAAGCAGCAAGCUUCCGGAAGAGGAGAGCCUCAAGCAAAGAAACAGAAGACAGCUGAGGUAACAUUGAGUGCACUAAAUGCACCCGAGGGUGAUGUUGAUAUAGAGGGAAUUGGGGACCCUCAUCCCAGGAAACUAGAUUUUGAUUCAGACGUAGAUUCCAGCAUGCUGUGAUGAACUGAAGACCAGAAAGAUGUAAUCACAGUAAAUAACAGUGCCAGUCUGUGCUAGAAGGGACAAUAAAAGCUUCCCUCAACUGAGGAGGUUAUGUUGUCAUCAAUUUGUUUGUUUGAUAAUGGAAUAAUAUGUCUUGAAAUGUUUUUCCAAAUUUUGUCUCUUGUUGAUAUGUUGCUGUAAUGAGAUUUUUCCAUCUAUCAGUGGAUUUCCAACUUCUUGGGAGCCAAAAAUAUCAUUUUAGAGGUCGAUGCAGAGGGCCCCCUGGAUCUCAAGCCACAUUUU